AUGAAACUAGCCAUCCAUCCAUCCCCGUUACAACCUUCCAUCGCACUACCAUUGGUGGUUAAAUCACCAUCAUCAAUCAUCAAUCACCGUUGUCUUGGCUAUAAAAUAAAAAAAGAUAGACUCUCAACAGACGGUGAUGGACAAAGAGUUUCAGUUAUUGGGGUUCCAUUAUGUCACCUGUUUCCUACUACUGAUGGUCACAUCCGCCCGCCAGAAUUAAUUGAUUUUAGUAGCAGUAAUAAUAAUAAUAAUAAUCAUGGUUUCAUGGUUCAGGCAGCAUUCAAUAACGACACCAACAACAAUAAUAAUAAUAUAACAUCACCAUCACAGUACACAUAUCAAGACACUAUUGUAUAUUUCAAUUCUACUCAAACUAUUUCAAAUUCUAUAACAAUAUUUAAUUGUAGUGUAUAUAUUAAUGGAGGAACUAUAUUUGAAGAUGGAGGAUUUGUCCAGGUUGAAUCAUCAGUGGUAUAUGUUAGAACUUUUCCAUUUUUCUUUUCACCUGAUCAAUGGAGUAUGGUAGAUUCUCCGAUGGAGUUUGGUGUCGUUGGCAAUGGUAUCCUGGAUCUACCCAUCUUUGUGUUAAACAAUGAUUUUUUCAGUGUUGUUAAAAACGUACCAUCCAUCUCUGCCUCUAAAGCCACCUUUAUACAAGUGUAUGAUGAUAUUGCACCUCAUCUCUUGCAAGGUGUGUCGCUGACGAUCAACGACAGGGCUAAAUUACAAUUCCUCCAAAGUGGAAGAAAACCAAAAAACUUGGUCAUUUCCAACGCCACCAUUCACAUCAACUCGUCAACAUCCGAGUUUAACAUCGAGACCAACGUCUAUUUCAAGUCGGGUUCAAUUUAUCUCGCUGAUAAUACAACUCUAGAAAUAUCACCAAAUGGUCAUUUAUAUUUACAAGACAAUAGUUUGAUACAAGGAAGUGGUUCAACCAAUAAUAAUAAUAAUAAUAAUCGAGCAACCAUACAUUUAUUAAAAGGAAAAAUAUCAAAUUAUAAUAAUUUAUCAACAGAGUUGACAGCAACACCAGCAUCAAUAGUAUCAAAUAUACAUAUAACUGGAAAUGGUGUUAUAUCAGCUGGAACCAAUCAAUUAAUUUUAAAUAAUACUAUAGUUGGAUCAUUUGAUAAACCAUCAAACCUUACAAUUGAAAGUGAUUUACAACUUGAAAAUAAUUCAAUCAUUUAUAUUUUUAUUUCAAAUACAACCAAUUCAAUUUAUAAUAUAUCAAAAACAUCAAGUAUAACAACAAAAGAUAAUUCAAUGAUUAGGGUAAAUGUAAAUAUAGAAUCAUUGACUGAAAAAUAUUCUGCCAAUGUUAUUCAAUUUUAUGGUGAUGAUGAUCAAAAUAAUAAUAAUAAUAAUAAUGGAAAACAAAUAGAUUUAGAAGGAGGAGAUGAAAUUAAUUUUGAUUUGGAUAAUGUUCAAGUUUACGAUAUAUCAGAUGGACAACAAAAACAAUGUCUUUUUGACUUGGAUAUUACUUCAAACAAUACACUUAGAGUUUCAUAUAGACACAACUCUUACAAUUGUGAAAGUGAUGGCGGUAUUAGUACUGGAUCUAUCACGGCACUGGUCAUUGGAUGUGUAGUACUAUUUGUAUCGGUACUAGCCAUUAUCAUAUUCAAAUACCGUCGGGCUAGAAUUACAGUCAUGUUUAGAAGUUCAUCAAUCGACGAGGAAAAUGGUGGUAUUGCCAUGACCAGAUCUGUCAGUACUCUAAGAUUAUUUAUUGGUGGAAAAUUAAAAGAAGUGGAUGAAUAUUAA